UCCGCGGCCUAGAGCAGCAGCCAUGGCUCCAAGCCAGCUCGCUCUGUUCAGUGUGUCUGACAAAACUGGCCUAGUGGAAUUUGCCCGAAACCUCGCAUCUCUUGGUUUGAGUCUAGUCGCUUCCGGAAGCACGGCAAAAGCGCUCAGGGAUGCUGGCCUGGCAGUCAGAGAUGUGUCAGAGCUAACAGGUUUUCCUGAAAUGUUAGGGGGGCGUGUGAAAACCUUGCAUCCUGCUGUCCAUGCUGGAAUCUUGGCACGAAAUAGUCCAGAAGAUACUGCUGACAUGGCCAGACUUGAUUUCAACCUUAUAAAGGUCGUUGCCUGUAACCUGUACCCCUUCGUGAAGACGGUGGCUUCUCCGGAUGUAACUGUUGAGGCAGCUGUUGAGCAAAUUGAUAUUGGCGGAGUGACCCUACUGAGAGCUGCAGCCAAAAACCAUGCUCGAGUGACAGUUGUAUGUGAACCAGAGGACUAUGUGGCAGUGGCUGCAGAGAUGCAGCGCUCUGAUAGUAAGGACACCUCCCUGGAGACCAGGCGCCACUUGGCCUUGAAGGCAUUCACUCAUACUGCCAGAAAGCAGUACAGUAAAGGAAUUUCCCAGAUGCCCUUGCGGUAUGGGAUGAACCCCCAUCAGACUCCUGCCCAGCUGUAUACACUGAAACCCAAGCUUCCCAUCACAGUCCUCAACUGAGCCCCUGGAUUCAUAAACUUGUGUGAUGCUUUGAAUGCCUGGCAGCUGGUGAAGGAACUCAGAGAAGCAGUGGGCAGCCCGGCUGCGGCUUCCUUCAAGCACGUCAGCCCAGCAGGCGCUGCUGUUGGGACUCCACUUAGUGAGGAUGAAGCCAGAGUCUGCAUGGUCCAUGACCUCUAUCCAACUCUCACACCUAUGGCCACUGCAUAUGCAAGAGCGAGAGGAGCUGAUAGAAUGUCUUCAUUUGGUGAUUUUAUUGCAUUGUCUGAUGUCUGUGAUGUCCCUACUGCAAAAAUUAUCUCCAGAGAAGUUUCGGAUAGUAUUGUUGCCCCAGGAUAUGAAGAGGAAGCCUUGAAAAUACUUUCUAAAAAGAAAAAUGGGAACUACUGUGUUCUUAAGAUGGACCAGUCCUACAAACCGGAUGAAAAUGAAGUUCGAACACUCUUUGGUCUUCGUUUAAGUCAGAAGAGAAAUAAUGGUGUCAUUGACAAGUCAUUAUUUAGCAAUAUUGUCACCAAGAAUAAAGAUCUGCCGGAGUCUGCCCUCAGAGACCUCAUUGUAGCCACUGUCGCUGUCAAGUACACUCAGUCCAACUCCGUGUGCUACGCCAAGGAUGGACAGGUUAUCGGCAUCGGAGCAGGACAGCAGUCUCGGAUACACUGCACACGCCUUGCGGGUGAUAAGGCAGACUCAUGGUGGCUCCGACACCAUCCACGAGUGCUUUCCAUGAAGUUUAAAACCGGGGUGAAGAGAGCGGAAAUCUCUAAUGCCAUUGAUCAGUAUGUGACGGGCACCAUUGGUGAGGGAGAAGACCUGCUGAAGUGGAAGGCACUGUUCGAGGAAGUCCCCGAGUUCCUCACUGAGGCAGAGAAAAAGGAAUGGGUCGACAAACUGAGAGAUGUUUCUGUCAGCUCCGAUGCCUUCUUUCCUUUCAGGGAUAAUGUAGACCGAGCUAAAAGGAGUGGUGUGGCCUACAUUGUUGCGCCAUCUGGAUCUGCUGCAGACAAGGUUGUGAUCGAGGCAUGCGAUGAACUGGGGAUCGUCUUGGCUCACACGGAUCUCCGGCUCUUCCACCACUGAUCUUAGUUUCUGUCAUUUCCUAGUUUGCUUAUGUGCAGUAAAUAAGUGUGGGAUUUUAAAAGUCCCUCUUGUAAACAGUGGGUCGUUUGCAUCUUAAUAAUUGGAUCUAUGGUUUUAGAUUCGUUGGGUCUUAUCUGAAAGGUAUAGACUUCUAGCCCAAGUCACCACAUACAGAGGUUUGUGUGUACAGAACCUAAAAGCAUCCCUCCUUGGAGCUCAACUUUCGAUAUGGUCU